CCUUCCGGUACCGUCGCUUCCGGCCGAGACUGGAUCAGGAACGCUCUCGGACUCUCGUCGUCUCAUGGUUCCGCCGUGGAAAUGGCCUCGUCUGACCGCCCAGCUAUAAAUGCCAAAUGAGCCGCCGUCCGCUGGGGUCCGCCGAGACAAGAUAGCCCCGGUCCGGAGUCACCUGCCCCGGCUGCGUCGGGGAGUUCGCUGCGGUAGUAACUCGAGGAGGUGACGAGGCAGAAAAAGAAGAAGAAGAAGAAAAAACAAAAACAAUGCCACACUUCCUGUGGCCGGAGCCGCUGUCCCCGGCGCAGCUCAAGCGGCUGGAGGAGCACAAGUACAGCGCCGCCGGCCGCUCGCUGUUCGAGCCCCCGUGUCAGGUCUACUGGAACUGGCUCGUCCAGCAGAUUCCGACGUGGGUGGCGCCGAACACGCUGACCAUCGUCGGGCUGCUGGUCAACAUCAUCUCCACGGUGGUGCUCGUGUAUUAUUGUCCCACGGCAACAGAGGAGGCUCCGUGCUGGGCCUUCCUCCUGAGCGCUCUCGGCCUGUUCAUCUACCAGUCUCUGGACGCCAUUGAUGGGAAACAGGCGCGGCGGACAAACAGCAGCUCAGCACUCGGGGAGCUCUUCGACCACGGCUGCGAUGCCGUUUCCACAGUGUUUGUUGCUCUUGGAACAUGUAUCUCAUGUGGGAUCGGAAGAUACUCGGACUGGAUCUUCUUCUGUGGCUUCAUCGGGAUGUUCAUGUUCUUCUGUGCCCACUGGCAGACCUACGUGUCCGGGACCCUCCGCUUUGGCCUGGUCGACGUCACAGAGGUGCAGUUCGCCAUCAUGGCCAUGUACUUGAUUUCGGCAUUCGGAGGCGUGAGCCUUUGGCAAGCUACGUUGCCCAUCAUUGGACUGAAGCUGUACGUCUUCCCCAUCAUCGGCAUCAUCGGGGGCGCCCUCUACUCCUGCUACAACUACUUCAACGUCAUCUUGAAUGGAGGCGUUGGCAAAAAUGGCUCCACUGUGGCUGACACCAGCGUGCUAAGUCCUGGUCUGCACAUCGGCCUCAUCCUCACCUUGGCCUUCAUCAUUUUCAAGAAGUCUUCCAGCCUCCUGUUUGAGCACCACCCCUGUCUGUACCUACUCACCUUUGGCAUGGUCAUCGCCAAGAUCUCCAACAAACUGGUGGUAGCGCACAUGACCAAGAGUGAGCUGCACCUUCCUGACACAGCCUUCAUAGGCCCCGGCCUCCUCUUCCUCAACCAGUACUUCAACAGCUUUAUAGACGAGCACAUUGUGCUCUGGAUUGCCAUGGUCCUCUCUUUUCUGGAUCUGACGCGCUACUGCACAGGCGUGUGCCUCCAGAUCGCCGGCCACCUGCGCAUCCACGUCUUCAGCAUCACGUCGCCGCCGAGCCACACCCACCGCGACUGACGGCUUGCCCGGCGGGAGGAGGCGGGGGGCGGCGAAGACCUCUCCCCGCUCCUGAAAGCAGGCGACGAGGAGAAGAGACCCUCGACCCUGAGCCACUGCAGCCUUGACAAAGUGACCACUUCUGAUUAAAACUGCCUCUCGUACCAGACGGAAAGAAAUCAAACCAACUGGACACUACAAACCAAAAAGGAAUAAAUAAAACAGAAAUGAAAAGCAUGGAUAUUUUCAAUUGGAAAUUAGAUGGAAAGCAGAGUUUUCCCUUGAGUUAAUUUUAAUUUAAACAUUAGUGCAUGAUAAAAAAUAAAAUCAAAUUUAGAUUCUUCAUUAAAGGGCACUCUAGUUAAAUACCAAAAUGUUUUUUUUCAGUGGGUACUUUGUAGCUUGGGUAAAUAUCAAAGUAUUUUUAUUUGCUUUAAAUUUAAAGAUAUGCGUUUAGAAUUAGGUUUGUCACGUAUUUAUUUCACACAUAAAUAAAUAUGUGACCGCUCAGUAAAUCUCUGAUACAUGCCCAAACCGAACCCGAGUACCUGCUGAAAAGUUUUCUUAAUCUCUUGUUUUUAUUUAUUACAGUGAAUGUGACUCAAUCGGAAAUGAUGAUCGGAAAAUCUUGAGAAAACUCAUUUAAAAUGUUCAAAACAAAAAACUAAAAUGACCUCAAACAAUGUUGUGAAAGUGGGCUGGCAGAUUGUCAAUGAGCUAGGUGAAGGGGUAACGGUCUGUGUUAAUGCUGAGCGUGGUGACUGGUUUUCUAUUGUGCAAACACACACAUCUCCAGUCUCAUCUUCUGUCACUCAUCUCAUGCCUACAGUCCUUAAAAAAAUAAAAUAAUCAUGAUAAAUAAAAACCACGUCACCUCUAGCAAUUUGGUGCUGUCAGCCAAUGAAGCAUUAACACUCGACUCGUUCUGCUCUCUCUUGUUCUUCUCCCUGAAGGGCUAAUGUUUAAUUAUGUGUGAUUGUACAGAAUUCUACUGAAGACGCCUUAAAUAUUUUUGUUGUAAUUACUGUUUAACUUGUGCAUAUUUAAAGUUUGUUUGUUUUUUUCCACCGAAAUGUACAGUGCUACUGGAAACUGUUCACUCAUGACAUUUCUUCACUUAUACAAAUGUACAUUUGAUGCAUAGGGGAGUGAUUUUUCGUUUGGUUCUUGCAGAUUUGCUGGGUUAUCGGUAAUUUUUAUAUAAUAUUUGAUUAUGACUGGACAGUUGACUCAUUAUUCAGGUGCAUUUGGGAUCAAAAGGGAUAUUUCUUUAGUGCCGGUAAAAUAUGUAAAGGUGAGGGGGGGAGGGGGGGAAAGGUAUUGAUAAUUUAUCCAUAAUAAUUAUGCUUCUGCAGGACUAUUGGACAUCACGGAUGGGCAUGAUUUUGAUUGCAUAGGUUGCGAUGGACUUUGGAACUAUGCAGUGAAAUGUGUAUCCUUGAUUUCAACACUAUGUUGCACUGUUGAAUAACACAGUAAGACGCCUUUCUACUAACAGACGCGAGUGGAAAAGAUUGUAAUAAAGAAAAUAUUUUUCCUGUG